GGCUUACAGAGCGGGCGCGGGAUAUUUGAAAGGCUCCUAUUUAGUGACACUGGCGGAGUUUAAAGUCGGCUUCUGAUAGUUUAUACAAUUCAGGAGUAGUAGGAGGAGGCUACUUAUUUGUGCGGGUUACUAAGGCCGCGCAGUUCGUGUAUGUAGAAUUGUACCUAUUACAUAAAGGACUAUAAGGAUCCAAGCGAUGUGUAUGGCUUAUAGGCUAGUGUGUAACCAUGCAGCAGCCUCUGGUCGGUGGUAAACCUUAGUGAGCCGCGGCUUUAGAUUAUGUUAGAAGGUGCUAGCACCACUGGGGACUUUGUCUAUAAUAACUAAAGGACAGUUUUACAGACGGAAAGGCUAUCGACACCAAGCGCCAUGUCGGAGCGCAAGAAGAGAAGUAGCGGUGCAGAGUCCCGCAGAGGAGUAGGUAUCGUCUCUCCACCUAAAAGAAGAUCCCAAAGAAAAUCUGCUUCAGACAGUCCGAUCCCAGAUCCUAUCAUGAAACGUUCAAUUACGGUCAAGAAAAUAAUGCCCAGAAAAACACUGGCAGCUAUUGCCAAUACAGGAUCUCAGUCCACACCUAAGGUUUUGAAUGUCACAGCAGCUCCAAGGAGAAGUUCACGGAUUUCACCAAAGAUCCAAAAAGAAAAUGCAAUUUCUGAAAAAUCACAGAUGGUCCCCAAAGAGGCAACCAGCAAGCCUUCUGCUCCAGAAAUUGAUGUUCUAUCUCCAAUUCCUGUCAAUAUCCAAAUGUCUUCUAACCAGGAUAACAGAGACAUUGUUAUGUCCCAGAAAGUCCGGCGUUCCUACAGUCGUUUGGAAAUGUCCCUCAAUAGCAGCUCAUUUUUAUACAGCCCCACAAGGAAAACUGACUCAUCUGAUACAUCCACUCCAAACGCAGUCCCAAAAUCAGGCCGGAGAUCUCUGUUUGGUUUUGAUAAACUGCUGAACUCUGAAAUGCCAGAGGGGGAGUUGAGAAAAAGUGGUAGUGGGACUAGGGAGAAGACUGCUAAUGAGAAAACCUUGGGUACAAUAUUACCUGAAGAGCCAGACCACAAUAUUCCUGGAGUUGUGCUGGCAAAGCAGAAGAGGAGAAAGCGAAAAGUCCCCGUUAUAGAGAAGUCUGAUAUGGAUGAAUGGGCGGCCGUUAUGAAUGCAGAAUUUGAGGAAGCUGAAAAGUUUGAUCUUACUGUUGAGUGAUGAGAACUUGAAUCCUCGUGUCCAUCUUUUUAUCACCAUUUGUUUACUAUACAGACUAUUCAUUCCUUCGGA